AUGGAAUACACGCUUCCCUUCAAGUUCGACUCCGCCACCAAGUUCAACAAGCUCGCUUGGAAACCGUUUCGCCGUCAAUCCUCUGAGGACUGGAACUGGUUCGAUGCUCGUGUCCUUGCGGAAGGAAGUCACGGCGUCAUGAUCACGUCUCCUAACGCUGAUUACGUGCCCAUGUACCGAACUCAGCCCGAACCGCUCCGUGCGAAGGAGGACGGUAACUUUGGUCUCAACGAUCCCUUCCACAUCCCAACAAUGUACUGUCUUGAGCUCCCCUGGGCUGCUCUAUACCCCAGACGCGCGUAUUGGCUGGACAAGGAGCUGGGCGCCUUAUGGUGGAGACUUACCGAAGAUGACAUCGAUGGCGAGUUGCAUGGGGAGGAUAAGGUCGGACGGCUCAAGCCUGAAGGACUUGCCAGGCUAGAUUCCCUCAUCUUCGGCCCCAUCCAAGAUAUCAAGGAUCGCCUGCUCCGUCAUCAGCGCGACAAGGGUUCCCCGGGUCGCGAGGAGGAUGGGAAGUGGGCCAGAUUUGUUUUCGAGCGUCUCACCACGGAGUGGCACACCUUUCGUUUGAAGUCCGACAAUCUCCGGGGAUUCGUACAGCGCCUGGGCGACGUUCGUCGCGCGUGCAUGGACCUUUGGGCGUUUUGCGAGUACCGUCUCUGCGUUCAGAAUGCCGGAGUGCACGGCCCGCCCUGCACAGACGCAGUGCGGGACGACGGCAUCAUCAAAGCUUCUCCGCGGUACAUAGGUGCCUUUACCACCCGCCCUGAUACCCUCAAGCGCCUCUAUCAAGCAGGCGUGCCCGUUUGGUACCCACGUUCUAACGACUCUAUCUCUCCAACAACGAACCAGCUUCAACUCGUCACCAUGGACUCGGCCGGGUGGGUCAUUUGCGGCUCGCCUCAUCGGAAUGGUGAAAGGGCGCCGUACGAUGUCAUCGUCGACUGGGUCUUGCAUCCAUCCAGGUUGUGGAUGGCUCGCUACGGCUACGGGUUCUCCUCCGAAAGCAGCCCGAACCCUUUCAAGGGAAGAGUCGGGAUUCCGACUUCUCCUGAGCCCCAGCAAUCGCACGCCGGCGCUGUUCGUCGGGAUCGUGCGCCACAGCAUAAUGUCAAGUUUUAUGCGCGCGCCUCGAAGGGCAAAGGCAAAUCCAAGGAGCCCCUGACAUCGCAGGAGUUCAAGGCUAGGACCUACGAAGUCGACGACCCAAAGAAUCUCGCCUUUCCGCCUAUGUUCCCCUUCUGGUAUCGUGCGUUGGGAAGGGCCAACAAGAGCGUCCCACCUCCCGACCAAAUCUCUCCCGGGAUGGAUGGAUGGCGCUUCCCGAAUCCCAACCUGUUCGUGAACACGACCAACGUCGUCAACUUUCUUUUCAACUGGCUGGUCAUGCGACAGCCUUGGCUUCAGCACGUUCGCGACACGACGUGCUACUAUCCUCCGAGCGCGCAGGCUUGGCGGGACAUGUUGGGUGGCCACCUGUGGGACUUCAACCCUGAAAACGUCUUCACCACCACGACUCAGAAGCGCCUCCUCGGAUUCCAUACCUUCGAGUUCAUCAUCCCACAGCUUCGGGAGCUUAAGGCAGCCGCCGAACAGUCGGGCACAUGCUGUUUGCGUGGUGCAACCAUCCCGCUUAGCAAGCUUGACGAGAAGGAGGUUCUCCAAUGGGUGCUCUGGGAUCUUCACGACAUCAGCUUUGCCGCCGACUUCCUGGUGCUCGACGAGGCGAUGGCGGCGGACGAGUGGACCAAAGAUAGAGACGGUCGCAGGGCCGCAUGCCUUAACGCUUUUCCCUACGCGCCACCAGUGGCUGACGCUCGGCCGGAAGCCUACUUGUUGUUCGGUUGCCCGGCUGCUGCAGCCGGCAUCGUCACGGAUAGGCUUCGCGCUUUGAUGGCGUCAUGGCCGGACCCGUCGUUGAGGUUGUCCAGACCAUUACCUGAGGCCGUCAUCGGCGGUGGCGACGCACAAACGCUUGCCGCCUACUACGCCGAGUUGACGGAACUGUACGUCCUCAAAUUUCGCAAGCGGUUCAAUCGUCGCCCGGUGCUCCCUCACAUGGUCCCGGAUGCGCGCUGGAUUACAGAGUUUGCCCAGCAGGACGUCGGUCAGUCGACGGAAGCAGCGAAGUGA